GGGAGGAGGAGGGAUUGUGUCGUACGCUCACCUGUUUGUCAGUCACCGUCACACGCAGAGGCCACCGCUGUGAGUCACGGGCGCAACUACACCGGCCACCCGCGGGCACAUGUAGGCUUCUCCCACGCACGGCUCCCUCCCCAGCACGUACUUCCUACCGGUCCUCAGUUUCCCCUCCUCGGGGGCCCUUACACGGGCACGGCACUGUUGAGAUGCCCACACUACAGCAGCCGUCACACACUUAGUCACUCCUGCUCCCUGGCACAGUCACACACAGCCCACACUCCUGACACAAGGGAGUCCCUCCCCGGCUCCACUGCCCACUCGACACCUCCACUCAGAUGGCUCACAGUCCUCUGGAGCGGAACUCAUAGCUUACCCCCAAAUCCUCAUCAUCACUGCCUUCUUUGGUCCCCACCUCCAGAGGUCACCAGGUUCCCUUCCCCUUUUUCCUAAGCCUUUGGCCUGUCAUCUCUCACCUAGCUCUGGAGCUCGGUCCAACCGGUCACACCCCCUUCUGUCCCUUGCUGAGCCAUCUUUUUAAAAUGCAAAUCUGGUAUUGUCACUCCCUACUUCAACCCUUCUGUGGCUUCCUGUGCCCUCAGGCUAAAGCCUGCCCUGUCAGCCCUGGCUUCCUGGCUCCUGAAGCCCCCUCCCAGGCCGCCCGUUCCCCCUCAUCUCUCUGCCUCUUCCUCUUCAAGUCCCUCCCGCUUCCUGUGUCCCCCUCUCUCUCUGGAGCUUUUCCUACAUCCCAUCCUUUACUCCAAGAGACCUGUCUUCACCCCCAGCUGUACCCCUCCCACCCUCCAUCCCAGCACUCAGCACGGUUUGUAACUCAUUAUACUCCUCCCCACUAAGCUCAAAGCUUCAGGGGGGCAGCACUGGUCUGUGUCUUGCUCCCUGUAUGCCCAGGUGUGUGACACAGUGCUUGGCAUGUCAUAGGCACUCCAUAAAUAUUUGUUGAAGGAAUGAAUGAAUGAGAGUGAAGGGGGCCUCGCUUAGGUGGAGGAAGCAGUCUCUGUCAGGUGCAGUUUCCUUUCUGCAGGAGCAAUUGCCUCAUGUAGCCAGCAAACAUUUGGCACCUCCCCAGUGCCAGGCCCUGGAGGCCAAGGCUGAGGAACUGUCCCCUCCCCCGGGGAUCACUUUUGGAGGGAUGGGUGGGGGAGGGGUGUGCCAAGGCUUCCUGCCUGCCUUCUCUGGGCUGCCCUGGCUGCCUUUCUAGCCAAUCCCCGUGGGGGCCUGAGGUGCUCAGAGGUUCUCUCUCCUUCUGCCAGCUGUCUGUGCCCAGACCCCAGAGUACCCCUCACCACCAUGACUGGGCUGCUGAAGAGGAAGUUUGACCAGCUGGAUGAGGACUCCUCCUCACUCUGCUCGUCCUCCUCCUCUUUGUCCUCCUCGGGCCGCCACUCUCCCUCCUGCUCCCCGAGCUCUUCGGCCUCCCCAUCUUGGGACUCGGAUGAGGAGGGCCCCUGGGAUCAGAUGCCCUUGCCUGACCGCGACUUCUGUGGCCCCCGAAGUUUCACCCCCCUGUCCAUCCUGAAGCGGGUCCCCCGGAAGCGCCCAGGCCGGGUAGCCUUCGAUGGCAUCACUGUCUUCUACUUCCCUCGGUGCCAGGGCUUCACCAGUGUGCCCAGCCGUGGCGGCUGCACUCUGGGUAUGUCCUCCCGCCACAGUGCCUACCGCCGCUUCUCCCUGGCCGAGUUUACACAGGAGCAAGCCCGGGCACGGCAAGAGAAGCUGCGCCUACGCUUGAAGGAGGAGAAGCUGGAGGCGCUGAGAUGGAAGCUUUCGGAGGCCGGGAUACCCAAGACGGAGGCUGGCCUGCCGCUUACAGUGGACACCAUAGAUGAUGCCUCUGUGGAGGAGGAUUUGGCAGUGGCCAUGGCAGGUGGCCAGUUGGAGGAAAUGACCUUCCUCCAGCCCUACCCAGCCCGGAAGCGGCGGGCUCUGCUGCGGGCCUCAGGCGUGCGGAGGAUCGAUCGCGAGGAGAAGCAAGAGCUGCAGGCCCUGCGCCAGUCCCGGGAGGACUGUGGCUGUCGCUGUGACAGGGUCUGUGAUCCUGAGACAUGCAGCUGUAGCCUGGCGGGCAUCAAGUGCCAGAUGGACCACACAGCGUUCCCCUGUGGCUGCUGCAGAGAGGGCUGUGAGAACCCUAAGGGCCGUGUGGAAUUUAAUCAGGCGCGAGUUCAGACCCAUUUCAUCCACACGCUCACCCGCCUGCAGCUGGAGCAGGGGGCCGAGAGCCUUGGGGAGCUGGAGGCCCCGGCCCAGGGUGCCACAUUCAGCCCCAGCGAGCAGGUCCUGGCCCCCACGUUCCCUCUGGCCAAGCCCCCCGUGAGCAGCGAGCUGGGAGACAACAGCUGCAGCAGCGACAUGACCGAUUCGUCCACAGCAUCGAGCAGCAGCGAGGCCCCCAGUGGCUCUGCCCACCCGGCCCUGCCCGGCCCCGGCUUCCAGCCCGGAGUGGACGAUGACAGCCUGGCUCGGAUCCUGAGCUUCAGUGACUCUGACCUGGGUGGAGAGGGGGAGGAGGAGGAGGAAGGGGGUGUGGGCAGCCUGGACAACCUCAGCUGCUUCCACCCAGCUGACAUCUUUGGUACUGGUGAUCCCUCUGGCCUGGCCAGCUGGACCCACAGCUAUUCCAGCUCCAGCCUCGCGUCAGGUAUCCUGGAUGAAAACGCCAACCUGGAUGCCAGCUGCUUCCUCAAUAGUGGCCUUGAAAGCUUGGGGGAAGGCAGCCUCCCCGGCCCCCCGGUGCCAGCCAUCAUGGAUGCCGGCCAGAGCAGCUCAGUGGACCUGAGCUUGUCCUCCUGUGACUCCUUCAAGCUGCUCCAGGCCCUGCCAGACUACAGUCUGGGGCCCCACUACACCUCCCAAAAGGUGUCUGAUAGCCUGGACAACCUCGAGGCACCCCACUUCGCCCUGCCUGCCUUUUCUCCCCCUGGGGACGCCAGCACGUGCUUCCUGGAGUCCAUCAUGGGCUUGUCUGAGCCAGCCGCCGAGGCCCUGGCUCCCUUCAUGGAUGGCCAGUUGUUUGAGGACACUGCCCCAGCGUCGCUGGUGGAGCCUGUGUCUGUGUGAGGGUUAGGGUGCCUUUUCCCGGCCCCAAGAGCCCUGUUGCUGCUUCGUUGUAACUGGGGGCUCCCUGAGGUCUGUCUGUAUGUAAUGGUCUCCCAUUGGCUGGCUCCCAUGUGGGCACUCCUAAUUUUCAUGCAACACUCUGGAUUGAUUUAUUUAUUUUUGUAACCUUCUGUGCUGAAGCGGGACGGGGGGGCACUUCCCCUUUCAGCCGCCUGGUCCCCCAUAUGCCCACACCCUCUCUUUCACUUCCAUGGCCGUGCCAGGAGCAGGAAGAAAUGUGGCUCCCCUGGAGCUUUGCAGACUCCUUUUCGGUCUUGUAUGAUGUUCCUAAGCCCAAAGACAGCCACACAGGGCUGAAAUCAGCCACUUCUUAAGGCUUCUUCUGCCACCCUGAGCCCUAGACUCAUGGGUGGCUGAAUCCUCUGGACUGUGAAGACUAUAAUUUAUUUCCAUAAUUUAUUUGGAGACUAGGUGGCUGGCAGGCAAUACUAGGGUCGGGGUGGGGCACAGACCCCUGUGGGUCCCGUUGCCUUUUAGUCCUGCAGCCCUGCCCUUGCCGGGACUUUGGUGUAGACCAGGCAUGGAUUUGAGCCCUCUGUCUAAUGUGGCAGCUGCCCUGCUCCGGCUGGCUGAGCAAGCCGGGGCUGGCCUGGGACAGCAUCUGGGCAGGGGGCGGGGCUGGGCUGACCAACUGUGACCAAAACCCUCUUCUGCCCCAUGCAGCCCCCUCUCCUUCCUGUCCUCUGCCCCAUCUUCCCCCUCCCCAAAGGCUGCAGCUUUUAUUCCAAGCCCAUCAAUGUAGGAGGGG